AUGUCCGCCGAAAGCUCAGGCCUGUCGUCCAUUUCCCCGUUUCAGGAAUAUGAAUCCGAAGUCAACCCCGGCAAUGACAGGCCUGCAAAGAGACAGAAGGUUGCUGCCGCCUGCGACCAAUGCAGGGAGAAGAAGAUCAAGUGCGACGGGCGGAAACCGCUCUGCCGACCUUGCGAGCGGAAAUACGGCGCCACGGCUCGUUGCGAAUGGGGCUUGAGAAAGACGCGCAGUAUCGGAGCCUCCAAGCUAGAGAUCAUGCGUCUCCAGUCCCGCAUCGAUGAACUGGAAAGGUCGUCGGGUCGACGAUCGACUCAUCCCGAGAGCACCGACCAACCCUCCACGCCUCAAUCGACAUCCGACCGACACCAUGACAGUGGUGGCGCAAAUGCAAUGAUGGGGCUGAUGGACGAAGGAGAACCGGGCGAAGUGGGUGUCGUGGGCGAUUCGAGCGCCGCGAGCUUCAUGAACCGCAUCAAAGCUGCCCUGGACCAGCAACUGACCCCAGACUCGGCCCAGCACGCAUCCUCAACAGUGUCACCGAGAGCCACCGGCUCGCAGCGACAAAGACGGUUCAAGACUCCCGACUAUGUCCUUCCUCCAAGGCAACAGGCAGACCGUCUGCUGGAGGUAUAUUGGAAGAUUGUCGAUCCCCUCUAUCCCUUCGUGGACAAGGAGGAUUUUAUGGGCAAGUACCAGACUCUCUGGACCGGCAAUCCGACCAUGGACGACGAGGUCUGCUUUAUCUGUCUUCUCAACGCCAUCUUCGCGAUUUCCUGCAUCUUGGACUCGUCCAUCCGUCCUCCCGAUCGCGUCAGUUCCGGUGAGGGCUUCUAUAAACGCGCGCUGGUUCAUUUCGACCUCGAAUUCCUGCAACACCGCUCGGUGCACACCGUCCAGUGCCUCCUUCUCCUCGCGCAGUACCUCCAGAGCACCAGCGAGCCACAGCAGUGCUGGCUGUUCGCCGGGCUGGCCAUCCGGAUCGCUCAAAGUCUCGGACUCGACCUGCCCUCCACCAGUGCUCGGACGUCCAGUGGCAAGCCAAACGACUUCCUCCGCAAGGUCUGGCACGGCUGUGUGCUGAUGGACCGGACGCUGUCCAUGACCUUCGGCCGUCCCGGAAUCAUCACUCCCCAAGCGGCGGCUUCAGUCCCUCGGCCUCUGCCUCAUCCCGACUCGAGCGAAUGCUCCUGCUACCGAGAGCGCUACGUGUACCAGCCGUCUUCUCCAGAUCUCCACUUCUUUAUCGAAUCGCUCAAGCUCUAUGAAGCCAUGAGCGAGACGCUCGCCGCCCUCUACAGCCCCACGUCCGCACAGGCCUCGGACCCAGAGGACAGCUACACGCGGUAUUUUGGCGGCAGCCUCGGCGCCAAAGCGGCGGGGACCGUGCUGGAAAUGGACAGCAAGUACUGGAUGUGGCGACGACGUCUGCCCUUCCACCUGCGGCAUUCUCACCCCGCGGCUGACAGCGUCAAUGUGAUUCACGCCCGCCAGGCCAGGGUGCUCUAUCUCCGCUACUGCCACAUUCGGACCCUGCUCUUCCGGCCGGUCCUGUCCCGCUUCUGCAUGUCGAGCCCGAACGACGACGACCCGCUAGUCGUCGGCGAAGACACCCUCGCGCGCAAGCUCGCCCUGCAGUGCUCGGUCAUGUGUGCGACGAGCGCUCUGAACACGGUCGACCUGUUCGGCCGGGUCCACGCCGAAUGCCGUUUGGAGCUUCUCGACGAGAUCCUGCCGGCGUGGUGGUACAGCAUUUUCUACCUGUACACCGCGGCCACGGUGCUCGUCGCCGCCCGGCUCCAUCCCGCGGUCGAGGCGGAGGUGGGCGGCGACGAGGUGAUCAUGGGCGCCGCCCGGACUGCGACGGCUGCGCUGCAGAGAUACGGCAGCUUCGGCAAACACGCCAAACGGUGUGCCGCGGCCAUUGCGCUGCUGUUCGACCAGCUCCCUCCCCGCCAUCAGCCACGUCAGGGAGUUCACGUCCAGCCGGCGAAUCAGGCCACGAGGGCGGCGGGCAUGACGCAGACACCGCGCGGCAGCAACAAUAACAUCCGGGGUGAGAAUGUGCGAGGGUCAAGUCUCCUGCCAAACGCCGACGAUAGUGGUGAUGUCUACCCCCAAAUCACGACGGAAAGCUCCCGGGCAUGGACGCCGUUCAACCAUGGCCAACCCAACAUCAGCAGUACAGUUACUCCAGCGCCUACCACGCGUCUUGCUAGCAGCAGCACCAAUAAUACCAUUCCCCACCCCGCCGCACCAGCACCAGCACCACUAUCCAGAACCUCCAUCACCGCCACCUCCACAUCCACCGUGCCUCCCGACGGACAAGCUGGAGCUGCAGCAACAGCGGCUUCUGCGGCGCCGGCAUCGGUCCCAUUCAUGCUCAGCAGCGGCCGCGGCGACGGCGACGGCGGACGCCUGUUCGAAACGACGGGCGGCGUGCUGGCGGACCUCAUCACGUCGUCGUCGUCAUCGACAACAGCAGCAGCAACAACCGGCUUCGGCUUCAACUACAACAGCAACAACACAACAACAAUAACAAUCUUGACUUCGACCUCAACCUCGAUCUCCUCGGCGGCGACAUGUCCUGGCUGA